AGGCCCGGCGCUGCGGCCCGCUCCGCCGCCCGGGGACAUGCGGGCGGGAUGGCCCGCUCCGCCGACACCUUCCCGCUGCACCGCCUCGUCUGGCACAACAGGCACCAGGCGCUGGACAGCGCCCUGCGCUCCGGCCGGCAUGAUGUGGAGCUGACGGACCCCCGCGGCCGGACCCCGCUGGAGCUCGCCGUGUCCCUGGGCCACCUGGAGUCGGUGCGGGUGCUGCUGCGGCACAACGCCAAUGUGGGCCGAGAAAAUGCCAACGGUCCCUCCGUGACCCCAUUUCUCCUCCAGGCCUCCGACUUCUACGUGGAGAUGAAGUGGGAGUUCACGAGCUGGGUGCCCCUGGUCUCCAAGGUGUGUCCCAGCGACGUGUACCGCGUGUGGAAGCGAGGCGAGAGCCUGCGUGUCGACACCACACUGCUGGGCUUCGAGCACAUGACGUGGCAGCGGGGCCGGCGCAGCUACAUCUUCAAAGGAGAAGAUGAGGGGGCAGUGGUGAUGGAGGUGGACCACGACAAACAGGUGGUUUACACGGAGACGCUGGCCCUGGCCCUGCAUGAGCCCGACCUCCUGCUGGCAGCCAUGCAGCCCUCGGAGGAGCACGUGGCCGGGCGCCUCACGUCACCCAUCGUCUCCACGCACCUCGACACCAAGAACAUUGCCUUCGAGCGGAACAAGUCAGGCAUCUGGGGCUGGCGCUCAGAGAAGAUGGAGAUGAUCAGCGGCUACGAGGCCAAGGUUUACAGCGCCAGCAAUGUGGAGCUGGUCACCAAGACGAGGACAGAACAUCUCUCCGAUCAGGAUAAGUCACGCAACAAAGCUGGCUCCAAGACCCCCUUCCACUCCUUCCUGGGCAUUGCGCAGCAGCACGGCACCCACAAUGGGGCGCCCGUGCUGCAGGCUGCCAGCCCCACGAACCCCACAGCCAUCACUCCGGAGGAGUACUUCGACCCCCACUUCGACCUGGAGGCCCGCAACAUCGGGCGCCCAAUCGAGAUGUCCAGCAAGGUGCAGAGGUUCAAGGCGACACUGUGGCUGUGCGAGCAGCACCCGCUGUCCCUGGCGGAGCAGGUGACGCCCAUCAUCGACCUCAUGGCCAUCUCCAAUGCCCACUUCGCCAAGCUGCGCGACUUCAUCACUCUUAAGUUGCCGCCUGGCUUCCCCGUCAAGAUCGAGAUCCCUCUCUUCCACGUGCUCAACGCCCGCAUCACCUUCAGCAACCUGUGCGGCUGUGACCAGCCGCUGGGCUCGGUGCGGGAGGGCGCCCCCCGCGAGGCUCCCGACGGGCCCCCCGGCAGCCCGGAGGAGCGGGAGCGGCGCCGGCGCGAGGAGGACGAGGAGCUCCAGCGCAUCCUCCGCCUCUCGCUCACGGACAAGUAG